UUCUGCACGUCCCAUCCCCAGCUGCUCUCCUGUCUCUCAGUCUAAUCCUUACCUCAUCUCUGAAAUGCAGCCAGCUCUGGCAUGGAACAUAACUGUUAUUUAAACAUGCACAUCAGCUGUACCUCAGUCCCAAACAGAAAGUGAACUAGAAAACAGGGCAAUAACCUAGAUGAAUACACAGGGGGAAUUUUAGUUAGGCAGGAUGUAUAAUCAUUGGCAUUGGAAUCUGGCCAGAGGUAAAUCCUCUCUCAUGUUCAAUUUACCCAGUACAUAGCUCAGUUCCCCCCCGGCUGGCCAGAGGGCACUUACUUGUGAGCCAUUAUGUAGAAUCCCAAAGGCACCUAGCCAAAAAAUUUCUGGGCUUGAUUCUUCUCUCAUUGGUAUACCUAUCUGACGCCCUUGAGCGGAGUUACAUUCGAAUUGCAUCAGAGUGCGUUAGAAGGGGAGCAGGCACUAUUUGCACCCGGGUACUGCUUUUCACGUAGCCUGGUGAGUCUUUGCGGGGUGUGGGGGGGUGUGGGAAGAGCACUAAUGAGCUGGUCACUGUUCUAACAUUAGCUUGGCGUGCGUGGGGUGGCUGUGCUACCAGCCCCUAAUUACUAUAAGUGUAACAAACCAGCUAGAUUUGUCAUUCAGCUGCUCUCGGCAGGAAACCACUAACAGCAGUCAACUGACAGAGCCAAGAAGAAUUGGGGUUUCUCUCGGUGUGUGUUUUAAGAAUCAAAACUUAUCAAGACGGGCUUAUGUUCCUCAACACACACCCUGCAAAGGAGCUUUUCACCCUGGAGGAUGACUAGAAGUUAAAGAACUAUGCUGUAGUCCGAUCAAGAGACACACCAAGCAUGGGACUGUAUGGGAGCAAACACCGCCAGUCCACGCCACAAAAGCAGUGUGAGGCUGCGAAUAGGCAAAAACCUCAGGUAUUCUCCAGGAAGAAACCUCCUCCACCCCUGCCCCCGUUCAGACAACAUAUUAGUACCUCGCCUCUAAACCAACCAUCAGAGCAAGCAGAUGAGGACUUUAUGAUUGUACUGUAUGAUUUCGCCUCCACAAGUGACCGCGACUUGGAGCUGACCAAGGGAGAGAAGCUUCAAAUCCUAUCUAGAGAUGGGGACUGGUGGCUGGCAAAGUCUCUCACCACUGGAAAGAAGGGUUACGUCCCCAGUAACUUCGUCGCACAAAUGGAUGCCUUGGAAGUGGAAAAAUGGUUUUUUAAAGCUCUCAGUAGAAAAGAUGCCGAACGGCUGUUGAUGGCUCCUGGCAACAAAGUUGGGUCUUUCCUUGUACGAGAGAGUGAAACAAAUAAAGAUGCCUUUUCACUGUCCGUGAGAGACAGCAGCUCUGCUCAAGGUGACAUCAUCAAACACUACAGGAUCCGCUCCUUAGACGGCGGGGGAUACUACAUCUCCCCCAGGAUCACCUUUUCCUCGCUGCACCAUCUAGUCCAGCAUUACAGCAACAAAGGGGAUGGUCUGUGCCAGAGGCUGACCACUCCGUGCGCAUCCCUGACUCCCCAGAGGCCCUGGGCGCGGGACGAAUGGGAAAUCCCACGGGAGUCUCUCAAGCUUGUGAAGAAACUUGGUGCGGGACAGUUUGGAGAAGUCUGGAUGGGCUAUUAUAAGAACAGUGUGAAGGUGGCUGUGAAGACCCUAAAGGAGGGCUCCAUGCCUCCUGAUGCCUUCCUGGCUGAGGCAAACUUGAUGAAGAUGCUCCAGCAUGACAAACUGGUCCGGCUGCAUGCAGUAGUCACCAAACAGCCAAUCUACAUUGUGACAGAGUACAUGGCCAACGGGUGCUUGUUGGAUUUCUUGAAGACAGAGGAUGGAAGCCAACUAAAUCUCCCGAAACUCAUUGACAUGUCAGCCCAGGUUGCAGAAGGAAUGGCAUACAUCGAGAGAAUGAACUCUAUCCACAGAGACCUGAGAGCAGCCAACAUCCUCGUCUCAGAGACGCUCUGCUGUAAAGUUGCUGAUUUUGGCCUGGCCAGGAUAAUAGAAAAUGAGUACCUGGCUCAAGAAGGUGCCAAAUUCCCUAUUAAAUGGACAGCGCCAGAGGCAAUUAACUUUGGGAUUUUCACAAUCAAAUCUGACGUCUGGUCAUUUGGGAUUCUUCUAACAGAAAUUAUAACCUACGGCAGGACCCCUUAUCCAGGCAUGACCAACCCCGAGGUCAUUCGGAACCUGGAGCGGGGCUAUCGCAUGCCAUGCCCGGACGGUUGCCCCACAGAACUCUACAGCAUCAUAGUGAGGUGCUGGAGGAGCAAGCCAGAGGACAGGCCCACCUUUGAGUACCUGCAGUCCAUCCUUGAGGAUUUUUACACGGCGACGGAAAAGCAGUAUGAGCCAGAGCCUCUGCUGUAGCCCAGAGCCUCGCCAACGCCCGUGGGACAGCGUUGGAAGAGACAGGCGACGGCAUGGAGUGCUAGCUGGGGGAGAUCCUCCACUGAGCCUUCUUCAGCCACUUUGCUUGGGUACCCCUUGGACAUCUAAUACAGGACUCCCCCCCCCUUGUUUGGUGUAUGCAGAUCAGCUCCGGAUUGUGCUAGGAAAUGAUGCAUUUUGGAGGCUUCUGAGGGGCUGGGGGUGGGACUUUGCAAGCCUAUGGGGAGGCAAAGAGAAGCUUAAUCAGAAGUUGGCAGAACUCAUUCACCCUGUGCAAGGGAGUCCCAGCCCAGGGAGCCUGUAUCCGCAUCGCAGUGAUUGGAGUCAUAGUAGGGGCCAGUGGACUCCCUUGUAGGAUAAGAGGCUGACUGGGCCCUGGAGACUGAUGUACUCCCUGCCCCUGGAGCUGGGUUCUUCCUGUCAGGGGGUUGGCAGGGCCUCAAGGAGGAAGCUGGCCCUGUCUCUGUCAGUGCUGCACUGGUUUGGCGGGGGCCUUUAAUGUCCAGGGCUGCCAGUCCAUGCAGUGCCUAUUGCCAGACAACAAAUAAAGAACUUUGUUAUCUGA